AUGUGGACUCAUUGUUUUUUGCGAGUUCUUUUUGGAGUCUUUGCGAUUGUUUCUGGCUCGGUAUGGUACUUGGUCUUUUUGCCUUUCUUUGGAAUCGUCUACUUCAAGAUCCAACGAAUCUUUGUCGCAACCACUCGUCAGCUCAAACGAAUCGAGUCUGUUUCAAAAUCUCCAAUUUACAAUCAUUUCGGCGAGUCGAUUCACGGAGCAUCUACCAUUCGGGCUUAUCGAUACAAGAGUCGCUUCCAGAGCCACAACUUCAAGCUCAUCGAUCAGAAUAAUCAAGCGAAUUACUAUGGCUCUAUAAUUGCUUACCGUUGGCUCGCCGUCCGCCUGGAAAUUCUCUCACAUCUGCUCGUAUUGACUGCGGCUCUAAUCUUCGUGUGGGCUAAGGAACACACCACGGCGGAUGAAUUCCCACAUGAAGCGGAAUGGGAAGGAAAAGACAAGCUUUUGGAAAGCUGGCCGGACAAGGGAGAACUCAAGAUGGAAAACUUCUCUCUUCGUUACCGCAAAAACUUGCCCCCAGCUCUUGAUGAUCUCAGCAUCACUAUCAAGGGUGGGGAAAAGAUCGGUAUUUGUGGAAGAACUGGCUCCGGAAAGUCGACUUUUGUCUUGUCACUUUUCCGUCUUGUCGAAGCGGAGGAAAAGUCGAGCUUUAUCAUCGACGGGGUUGAUUGUAGAGAGAUCGGUCUUCAUGACCUCAGAAAGAAGUUGACGAUUAUUCCGCAGGAAGCGACGCUGUUUUCUGCCACUCUUCGAAAGAACUUGGAUCCUUUUGGAGAAUACUCGGAUGCGGACAUUUGGCGAGCGAUCGAGCUAUCUCAUUUGAAGGGAUUUACAGAUACAUUGGCGAAAGGAUUGGAUCACGAAAUUGCUGAAGGUGGUGGAAACUUGAGUGCUGGGCAGAGGCAGUUAGUUUGCCUUGCUAGAGCGCUCUUGAGGAAGACAAAGUUCCUGAUUCUGGAUGAAGCAACAGCUUCAGUCGAUAACGAGACAGAUCAGCUAGUCCAAACGACCAUUAGAAAAGAGUUCAAAGAUUGCACAAUCCUCGCCGUUGCUCACAGAAUUGAUACGAUCGAUGAUUCCGACAAAAUUCUGGUGAUGGACAAAGGAAAAAUCGCCGAGUUUGACAGCCCAACUGCGCUCAAGGCCAUUGACGGUGGAAUCUACAGUGAGCUGUUCAAAGCUUCCGGCAGCCACGAGGCUUCAUCUUAG